GAUGGGUCGAAUGCGUGAGGAUCCAUUUGCAGCUUGUUUAUUAAAAGUACUUACAGAGUAGACAGGGCAAAGGCAGAGACACAAACAGGGACAGGCAAUGGUCGAGGCAGGCGGCAGACAAGCAGAGUAAAGUCACAGGCAAUGGUCAGGGCAGGCGGCAAACAAACACAGUCCAAUAAACAGUCCAAUGGCAACAGAAAUACAAUCCACAAGAAAACGCUCAGAAGUGAUCACCGGGGCAAAUCAAGACUUCGCAAAGGGCGUGUGUGUGUGUGUGUCUUAAAUAGUCCAGGUAAUGAUCUGCAGGUGUGUGUGGCAAUUGGUGAUUGGUGCAUGUGAUUGGAAGGGAGGAUUAUGGGAAGUGGAGUCCAGGAACUGACAGGAACAGACAGUGAUCGUGACAUAACGCCCCCCUUCCGGAAGGCGCGUCCUCGCGGCGUAAAUGGCACAGAUAGGGAGGGGGGGGUGGGUACAUUGGAGACCUGUUGGCAGACGGGAACGGGGUCUCCAAUGCAGGUCCAGGAACUCGGGCAGCCACGGGGGGUCAGGUGCCACGGGCAGCCACGGCGGGUCAGGUGCCACGGGCAGCCACGGCGGGUCAGGUGCCACGGGCAGCCACGGCGGGUCAGGUGCCACGGGCAGCCACGGCGGGUCAGGUGCCACGGGCAGCCACGGCGGGUCAGGUGCCACGGGCAGCCACGGCGGGUCAGGUGCCACGGGCAGCCACGGCGGGUCAGGUGCCACGGGCAGCCACGGCGGGUCAGGUGCCACGGGCAGCCACGGCGGGUCAGGUGCCACGGGCAGCCACGGCGGGUCAGGUGCCACGGGCAGCCACGGCGGGUCAGGUGCCACGGGCAGCCACGGCGGGUCAGGUGCCACGGGCAGCCACGGCGGGUCAGGUGCCACGGGCAGCCACGGCGGGUCAGGUGCCACGGGCAGCCACGGCGGGUCAGGUGCCACGGGCAGCCACGGCGGGUCAGGUGCCACGGGCAGCCACGGCGGGUCAGGUGCCACGGGCAGCCACGGCGGGUCAGGUGCCACGGGCAGCCACGGCGGGUCAGGUGGCUUGGGCGACCACGGCAGGUCAGGGUCCGUAGCUGGCCACAGCAGUUCACAGGCGGUUGAAGGCCGUGGGCGUGUAAGGUCCCCACCCGCAAGCUCAAGCAAUUCGGAGGCCGCUGAUGAUCGCGGCCGUGCAGGGUCCCCACCCACAAGCUCCCCACCCUCAGGUAUAUGGCCCCCCCCCAAAAAGUUCUUGGGGAAUUCAACGGAGGCCGUGGCGGUUUCGUGGGUAAGGAGCUCGGGUGGCGCCGGCAGGGCGAGGAGCUCGGGUGGCGCCGGCAGGGCGAGGAGCUCGGGUGGCGCCGGCAGGGCGAGGAGCUCGGGUGGCGCCGGCAGGGCGAGGAGCUCGGGUGGCGCCGGCAGGGCGAGGAGCUCGGGUGGCGCCGGCAGGGCGAGGAGCUCGGGGCCGGCCUCCGUGGCCGUAUCAGGAAAAGCGGAUUGCUCUGGGACGGCAGCGGGCUGCUCUGGGACGGCAGCGGGCUGCUCUGGGACGGCAGCGGGCUGCUCUGGGACGGCAGCGGGCUGCUCUGGGACGGCCUCCGGGCCUUGAGGGCUGGAGGAAGCCUUCUUCCUCCUCCUCCUCCGUUUGCAUAGUUGAGGCGGUGGCUCUGUGCCUACCUCCUCGGUGGGCGCUGCAGCGGGCUCACGGGGUGGAGCGGACUCACUGGCUGGGACGACCCCUAUGUUCCCAGACACUGGCGGGGCGGCCAUCUUGCCCGUGGGCACUGGCAACGCGGCCAUCUUGUCCAUAGCAUCCCGAGAGUUUGAGUGCGUGGCAACCGGCGAGCUUGAGUGCGUGGCAACCGGCGAGCUUGAGUGCGUGGCAACCGGCGAGCUUGAGUGCGUGGCAACCGGCGAGCUUGAGUGCGUGGCAACCGGCGAGCUUGAGUGCGUGGCAACCGGCGAGCUUGAGUGCGUGGCAACCGGCGAGCUUGAGUGCGUGGCAACCGGCGAGCUUGAGUGCGUGGCAACCGGCGAGCUUGAGUGCGUGGCAACCGGCGAGCUUGAGGGCGUGGCAACCGGCGAGCUUGAGGGCGUGGCGGCCAGCGGGCUUGAGUGCGAAGUGGCCGGCGGAGGCUUAGGAAUGCCAGCCGCUCGUGCUGAAGUCAGCGCUGGAUCAGCCACACUGGAACGCAACCCACUCCGCUCCCAAACAGAUCCAGAGACGUGAUGUAAUUCUAGAAGAUCAACGGAGACUUGACUUGGCUCUGGAAGAUCAGCGGAGACAUGAUGUGAUGAUGUUGUGGCCGCCAUUUUGUGCAUGCUCUCUUUAGAGGCAGCCAUUACAUGGGGGGACGAGGUGUCGCGUUCCUCCGCGACACCCACAGUAAAAAGUGAACCAACAGUAAGCAGGGCAAAGUCCAGAAAUUCCACGAACGACCCUCGGGGACCAUUAAUAAGUAAGUAGUCCUUCAAUGGUUCGUUUAAUCCAUAGCCAAAGAAGUCAAUGAGGGCACAGUCAGGCAGGUCAGAGAAAUAGGCAAUGUCUAAAAACUUCUGAAUGUGGUCCUCGAGUGUACAAUUACCUUGCUGAAGGCGGACGAGACGUAUUGCUGGGUCCAUGCUAAGGCUGGAAGCGCUCGUAGAAGCUGCUGGAUCGUUUGAUGGCGAAGUCUUCUGUAAUGAUGGGUCGAAUGCAUGAGGAUCCAUUUGCAGCUUGUUUAUUAAAAGUACUUACAGAGUAGACAGGGCAAAGGCAGAGACACAAACAGGGACAGGCAAUGGUCGAGGCAGGCGGCAGACAAGCAGAGUAAAGUCACAGGCAAUGGUCAGGGCAGGCGGCAAACAAACACAGUCCAAUAAACAGUCCAAUGGCAACAGAAAUACAAUCCACAAGAAAACGCUCAGAAGUGAUCACCGGGGCAAAUCAAGACUUCGCAAAGGGCGUGUGUGUGUGUGUGUCUUAAAUAGUCCAGGUAAUGAUCUGCAGGUGUGUGUGGCAAUUGGUGAUUGGUGCAUGUGAUUGGAAGGGAGGAUUAUGGGAAGUGGAGUCCAGGAACUGACAGGAACAGACAGUGAUCG